AUGCAACCCUGCAGCCCCCUACAGGAAAGGGGCGUCACUCGUGUACAUGUCGGCGGCGGCGGCAGCAGCAGCAACGAUGAGGGAGCGGUGUGUUCCACAUCGGCGGUUCCACCUGAGGAAGGGACGCAGUUCGGUGUGUGGCGCAGCUUAGCGCUGUCGGCGAUGUACAUAGGUACCAGUACUAUUCUAUUCCUCGCAAUUCGCUACAGCAAAUACCUUGAGAAGCAGAGCAUCCUCUCGUAUGACAGCACCUCCAUUGUGAUGGCAAUGGAGGUGACGAAGAUUCUUGUCUCAGUGGUGUUGAAGUACGCAAGUGAUGGUGAGUUGCUGCUGUACAGCAUCACUUUGGCGCCGCAUCGUUGGGAAUUGUGGCGCAUGAGUGUGCUGUACGUCGUGCCUGCCCUGCUCUACGCCAUGUAUAAUAAUCUUACCUACAUCAGCCUGCGCCAUUUCGAUCCUGGCACGGUGCAGCUCUUCAUGCAGACGCGCAUUCUCUUUACCGGUUUUCUCUCUGUGGGAGUGCUACACCGCUCNUUGUCGCUGCGGCAGUGGCUGGCGCUGAUCGUACUGACCCUCGGUCUCGUCAUCAAGUACAUCCUGCCCACGGCAGUGCAGAUGAUGGACGCACGCGUGCUGGUGGUGCUGUUGCAGGCAUUCCUCUCAUCCCUGGCCGGGGUGUACAAUGAGCUGGCCUUGAAGCGCGAGGCGCACCUGAGUAUUCACCAACAGAACUUCUUCUUGUAUCUGUACGGUAUAUUCUUUAAUCUCCUCUUUGGCCUCAUCCUCGCACCCCAGGAGUACUUACAUGGAAAUUUCUUUGGCAACGCCCACAUCAUAUUCAUUCCGAUUAUUUUCGUGGGCGCCCUCAACGGCCUCACUGCGGCUUUUAUCUUGAAGUUUAUUAAUGUGAUUGUCAAGGCAUUCGCCUCGGCCGUGGAGGUGGUGUUCAUGGCUUUGUUGGCAGCAGCAGUGCUGGGCGAGCCGCUGACACCGCAGGACUUGACGGCUGGGGUCUUCGUCAUGUGCUCCGUGUACCUCUACUACACUAAUGGCUGUGGGAGUAGGCGGGCGGAGAAGCAUAAGUAG